AUGCCCUACACUUCCGAUCGUCCAGAAGAGUUCAGUAAUCUUGCCAACAACCUCAGUGGCAUCAAUUCAAACCACGAGGAACUCGAAUUCAAGCAAGACCACUCCAAAGUCCAAGAAUUUAUCGGUGGUAAUGCCAUAGAUUCCGCCGCUCCUUCACCUGUCACUGAUUUCGUUCGAAGGAAGGGUGGGCAUACUGUUAUCACCAAAAUCUUGAUUGCCAACAAUGGUAUCGCAGCCGUCAAGGAAAUCCGAUCCGUUCGAAAAUGGGCAUACGAAACCUUUGGCCGGGAAAGGGUCAUCGACUUUGUCGUCAUGGCCACCCCUGAAGAUUUGAAGGUCAACGCUGAUUACAUUCGAAUGGCUGAUCGAUACGUCGAAGUCCCGGGUGGUUCCAACAACAACAAUUACGCCAACGUUGAUGUGAUUGUCGACGUUGCGGAACGUGCGGGUGUUCAUGCCGUUUGGGCUGGAUGGGGUCAUGCAUCCGAGAACCCAAGACUCCCGGACGCCUUGGCGGCUUCCAAGCAAAAGAUCAUUUUCAUCGGUCCUCCCGGCUCAGCGAUGCGAUCGUUGGGUGACAAAAUCUCCUCAACAAUUGUUGCCCAGUCCGCUCAAGUUCCCACAAUGGCUUGGUCCGGCUCAUCACUCUCAGAAACCGAAACUUCCGCUCAAGGUUAUCUCACCGUCGCCGACGAAGUCUACAAAAAGGCAUGCGUGACUGAUGUGGAAGUCGGUUUGAGAAUGGCGGAAGAAAUUGGAUAUCCGGUCAUGAUCAAGGCCUCCGAAGGUGGUGGUGGUAAGGGUAUCCGGAAAGUCGAAAAGGCCGAAAAUUUCACAAUGUCUUUCAACGCCGUCCUUGGUGAGGUCCCCGGCUCACCCAUCUUCAUCAUGAAGCUCGCUGGUGCAGCUCGUCAUUUGGAGGUUCAGGUUUUGGCCGAUCAAUACGGCAACGCCAUCAGUCUUUUCGGACGUGAUUGCUCUGUUCAACGUCGUCAUCAGAAGAUUAUCGAGGAGGCUCCUGUGACCAUCGCUCGCCCGGAAACCUUCGAGCAGAUGGAAAAGGCCGCCGUCAGACUUGCCAAACUAGUUGGUUAUGUCUCGGCAGGUACGACCGAGUUUCUGUACGAAGCUUCCACCGAUCGCUUCUACUUCCUAGAACUCAAUCCCCGUCUUCAGGUUGAGCAUCCUACCACUGAGAUGGUAUCCGGGGUCAAUCUUCCUGCCGCUCAACUUCAAAUCGCCAUGGGAAUCCCCCUCCAUCAAAUUCGCGACAUCCGAACUCUUUACGGCACAAACCCCCACGGCAACUCCCAAAUUGAUUUUGAUUUCCAACUACCGCAAUCUUCCGAUACGCAACGUAAACCCAUGCCCAAGGGACAUGUCGUCGCUGUCCGAAUCACUGCCGAGAAUCCGGAUCAAGGAUUCAAGCCAUCUUCUGGUACCCUCCAGGAGUUGAAUUUCAGAAGUAGCACUAAUGUGUGGGGUUAUUUCUCCGUCGGGACAGCCGGUGGUCUUCACGAGUUUGCAGAUUCCCAAUUCGGCCACAUUUUUGCUUACGGCGCUGAUCGCAGUGAGAGUAGAAAGGCCAUGAUUGUGGCGCUCAAAGAAUUGUCUAUUCGAGGAGAUUUCCGGACAACUGUCGAAUAUCUGAUCAAGCUGCUUGAGACCGAGGCUUUCGAGUCAAACACGAUCACCACAGGCUGGCUCGACACACUGAUCUCGGCCAACAUGACUGCUGAGCGGCCGGAUAACACCCUUGCGGUAAUCUGUGGGGCUGUUACCAAAGCUCAUCUACAGGCCGUAGCCGCUUCCGACGAAUAUAAGCGUAUCCUGGAUAAGGGCCAAGUGCCCGACAAGAAUUUGCUAAGGACAGCUUUUACUCUCGAUUUCAUUUAUGAAAAUAUCAAAUACCAGAUUCUUGCCACACGCUCGGCCGCCGGUCUCUACACGUUGUUCUGCAAUGGUGGAAAAGUCAGCGUCGGACUCCGCACGUUGGCUGAUGGUGGUUUACUCGUAUUGCUUGAUGGUCGAUCUCACACUGUCUACUGGCGUGAGGAGGUUGGUGCUCUUCGCUUGAUGGUCAAUUCCAAGACUUGUUUGAUCGAGCAAGAAAGCGACCCCACCCAAUUGAGAUCGCCCAGCCCUGGGAAAUUGGUCCGAUUUUUGGUCGAGAGUGGCGAUCAUGUCAAAGCGGGUCAAGCUUACGCCGAAAUCGAAGUGAUGAAAAUGUACAUGCCCUUGGUUGCUUCUGAAGAUGGUGUUCCCCAAUUUGUGAAACAGCCUGGUACAAGUCUAGAAGCCGGCGACAUCUUGGGUGUAUUGACUUUGGAUGACCCCAGCCGUGUCAAACACGCCCAACCUUUUGCAGGUCAAUUACCUCCCAUGGGGUUGCCCAGCAUCGUUGGAUCGAAGCCUCACCAACAGUACGACAGUCUCCUGAAGAUUCUUUACGACAUUCUUGACGGUUACGAUAACGCCUCAGUCAUGCAAAGCACGUUGAAGGAUCUUCUAGUCGUCCUCGAAGACCCCGAACUUCCUUACGGACGCGCGACCGCAAUUUUGUCCACCCUGUCCGGUAGAAUGCCCGCCAAACUUGAAGCAUCUAUUCGAUCAACAUUGGAAGCUGCUCAUAGCAAGGGCUCUGAAUUCCCUUCUCCUCGCUUGAGGAAAGUCAUAGACUCGUUCUUGGAUGACGGAAUUCGCCCGCAAGAUCGCCAGACCGUUAUAAAUACCUUGACCCCAUUGGCGGACGUGAUUAACCGAUUCAAAGGCGGCCUCAAGUCACAUGGCUACCUGACUCUGUCUGAGCUUAUGGGCGCUUACUACAGUGUCGAGAGCAUCUUCAGCUCUAACCAGGAGGACGAUAUAAUACUGCAGCUCAGGGAUCAAAAUCGGGACUCGUUGGAUGAAGUCGUCCGAUUAGUCUUGUCUCACUCUAAGUGUAGCUCCAAGAACCAAUUAAUUCUUGCUGUUUUAGAUAUCGUCAGUAAGACGGCCUCCCAAGCAGCCGUUGAAACGACCUUCCACGACUGCUUGAUCCAACUGGCUCAAUUAGAUUCCAAGGCUGCUUCCAAGGUUGCCCUCAAGGCUAAGGAGGUUUUGAUCCACUGUCAGCUACCAUCGCUGGAAGAAAGAUUAGGCCAAAUGGAAUCGAUUCUGAAGACCUCCCUCCAACCAACCGUAUACGGUGAAGCCAAUCGCGGCCAGCCGCAACCUUCCUAUGACGUCCUCCGUGAACUCGUCGAUUCGAAAUACACAGUCUUUGAUGUAUUGCCGACCUUUUAUGACCACCCGGACCCGUGGGUAGCCUUAGCCGCUUUGGAGGUCUAUGUUCGCCGAGCCUACCGAUCCUACUCAAUCGUCAAUUUCGAGUAUGAAGAAGGGGAUGUCAACGAGAAUGAGCCGGUGAUGGUUUCGUGGUUGUUCCGAAUACGUAAAGGCGCAUCACCACCUUCGACGCCUCGCAAAGGGCUCACCGGUCGUCUGGCCUCGUUCUCAGACCUGACAUAUGUCGUCAACCAGUUGCAAGAUGAACCGAUGCGAUCAGGAGUUAUGUUUAGCAUCAAGAGUCUCGAAGACCUUGACAAAUUUAUGCCGAACGUGCUCAUGAAAUUCCCGGAUGUUCAACCCAAACUGCUUAAUCCCGACCCCGAUGGAGAGCCCCAUCACAACGUGCUCAACAUCGCCUACAGGUUGGAUGACCUGAAGUCUGACCAAACGGACGCUGAGUGGCAUGUCAAGUUCCAAAACGUGUGCGAAAAGUUUGACCAAGGUUUGACUAAACGUGGAGUCACCAGAGUGACCUUCAAGAUUUGUCGAAAGGAGCAAUACCCAUCAUACUUCACUCUCAGAAAGAACUCCGAAACAAGGAACUGGGAAGAAGUGGUUGCCAUCAGAGACAUCGAGCCCGCUCUGGCAUUCCAAUUGGAAUUAUCUCGAUUGUCCAACUUCCACGUCACUCCUUGCCCCACCGAAAACAGACAGAUUCACAUCUACUACGCCGAAGGUAAAGAAAAUUCGGCCGACUCGAGGUUCUUUGUGAGAACAAUUGUUCGUCCUGGGCGGAUCAAAGGCUCAAUUAAAGUGGCUGAUUAUUUGGUUGCUGAAGCCGAAAGGCUGUUGAAUGAUGCCCUGAAUGCGUUGGAAGUUGUUUCAGCAACAAGACGGGGUGUGGAUGUCAAUCACGUUACCCUAAACUUCGUUUACGGAAUCCCAAUCGGAUUUGAAGAACUCCAAGCUGCCUUGGCUGGAUUCCUCGAGCGACAUGGCAAACGACUUUGGAGAUUGCGUGUCACUGCCGCCGAAGUUCGUCUAGUCAUUGAGGAUGAAAGUGGCUCACCUCAAGCCAUCCGAGUCAUGAUCGAUAACUUGUCUGGUUUCGUAGUGAAAUUCGAAGCAUACAAGGAAGUCACAACUGAAAAAGGCAAAACAAUCUUGAAGUCAAUUGGGCCGGUUGGUGCUUACCACCUGCAACCUGUCAACUUCCCAUACCCAACCAAGGAAUGGCUUCAACCUAAGCGAUUCAAGGCCCAUGUAGUUGGAACGACGUACUGCUAUGAUUUUCCCGAUUUAUUUAGACAAGCAGCUCGUCGUGAAUGGAAGCGAAGAUCAGAAGAAAUUCCUUUCUUGAAGCCACCGACCGAUCCUCUCGUCGCCACCGAGCUUGUCCAGGAUGAAUAUGGAACUCCUCAAGAAGUGUCGAGACCACCAGGUAGGAACUCGGUUGGAAUGGUUGCCUGGAUGUUUGUCAUCAAAACCCCCCAAUUCCCGAACGGUAGACGAAUGAUCGUGAUUGCCAAUGACAUCACCUUCAAGAUCGGAUCGUUCGGUCCAGCUGAGGACGACUUCUUUUACCGGGUAACCGAGCUUGCCAGGAAGUUGGGCGUCCCACGCAUAUACCUUUCCGCCAACUCAGGUGCUAGACUCGGUAUUGCGGAUGAAGUUACCGAUCUGUUCUGUGCCGCUUGGAACGAACCUGAGAAUCCAAGUAAGGGGUUCAAAUUCCUUUACCUGACUCAAGAUUCCAUCAAGAGACUCAAGGAGAAAGGUGAAGAAAAUGUGGUGACUGAAGAGGUUGAGUACGAGGGCCAAACCGUCCAUCAGAUCAAAGCUGUGAUUGGUUCACAGGACGGCCUCGGAGUCGAAUCAUUAAGGGGUUCUGGAUUGAUUGCCGGUGGCACUUCUCGUGCAUACAAUGAUAUCUUCACCAUCACUCUUGUGACUGCUCGGUCGGUGGGAAUAGGUGCCUAUCUGGUUCGAUUGGGUCAACGUGCUGUUCAGGUCGAAGGCCAACCGAUUAUCCUUACCGGUGCCAGCGCUUUGAACAAAGUCUUGGGCAGAGAGGUUUACUCUUCGAACUUGCAACUCGGUGGGACUCAGAUCAUGCACAGAAACGGGGUCUCUCAUCUAACGGCCAGUAAUGACCUCGAAGGUGUUUCUCACAUAUUGGAUUGGAUGUCAUACAUCCCAGAAUGCCGUGGUGGCCCAUUACCAAUCAUGAGCGCUAAGGACUCUUGGGAUCGAGCGAUUGAUUACCUUCCUAUCAAAGGUUCCUAUGAUCCUAGGUGGUUCCUCGCCGGCAAAGAGGAAAUCGCUGAAGAUGUCGGUACCGGCGAAACUCGUUUCUUGUCCGGGUUCUUUGACAAAGGAUCGUUCCAGGAGACCCUGUCUGGAUGGGCUCAGACCGUCGUAGUCGGUCGAGCAAGAUUAGGCGGGAUUCCAAUGGGUUGCAUUGCCGUCGAAACCCGUACAAUCGAGAAAGUCAUACCGGCCGACCCAGCCAACCCCUCAUCAGUCGAGCAAAAGAUUAUGGAGGCUGGCCAAGUUUGGUACCCCAAUUCAUCUCACAAGACCGCUCAGGCUAUCGAAGACUUCAAUCGAGAAGAACUGCCGUUAAUUAUCUUUGCCAACUGGCGUGGGUUCUCUGGUGGUCAACAGGACAUGUUCGAUGAAGUUUUGAAAAGAGGCUCUAUGAUUGUCGAUGGAUUAUCAAGCUACAAACAACCAGUCUUUGUUUACAUCAUCCCCAACGGUGAACUCCGUGGAGGAGCAUGGGUAGUACUAGAUCCCUCAAUCAACCCUAAUGGAAUGAUGGAAAUGUACGCCGACAAGACGUCACGCGCUGGUGUACUGGAGCCCGAAGGUAUCGUGGAAAUCAAAUUCAGGAAGGCCAAGAUCCUCGAGAUGAUGAACCGCUUAGAUCCCCGUUAUGCCGAGUUGAAGGCUGCCACUUCCGACAUGUCGAAAACCUCAGAGGAAUUGACUGCAGUCAAGAACGAAUUGGCCGCCCGUGAAAAACAACUAAGCGGAACAUACACAGCCAUGGCGCUCCAAUUUGCCGAUCUACACGACCGAACCGAGCGAAUGAAAGCCAAGGGCACCAUCCGAGAGGCUUUAGACUGGACCGAGAGUCGAAGAUACUUUUACUGGAGACUCAGGAGAAGGUUGCUGGAGGAAGAGAUCCUGAAGAAAAUGGAGAAAGCCGAACAGACCUCACCAUCAGUCGUCGACCGAGCCUCUCAGCGAGUACAAAGGAUGAAGAUCAUCGAAGAACGAUUCCUACACGAUCUCAGCUUGGAAGAAAUCCAAACUAAUGAUCAAGCAGUUUGUUCGAAAAUCGAGGAGAGGAAGAAGCUCAUCGAUGCCUUGAUCAAUGAAACUGAGAGAGCUAGUUUGGAAGGCCAAAUCCAGGGCUUGAUCAACUCCAAAUCAAGCUUGGUCUUCGAGUCGAUUAAGAAAGUGUUUGGUGACCGAUUGAGUUCGGAUGAGAUCUCGGUUUUAUCCAAACUCAGUAAGAACAAUUGA